CAAAUCACGAAAACAAAAACAGCAAACUGCUUUGAUUUGAUUGAAAAAACAUGAUUAUUUAUUUCAUUGUUUGAUUACAAACAAAGCAUAAUUAACUACUUGCCUAUGAUUUCCGCAACUGCGAUUUAAUGUUAAUACGUAUAAUGUAUCAUUUCGUCGUUUUAAUUUUAAUUUUGUAAUCAUCCCGUAAUAUAAUUACAGAAAUUAAUAGAAAAUGAGUCGCUGUGAUUUCAAAGUGGUUCUUUUAGGUAGCGAGCAUGUGGGAAAGACAAGUUUAGUGAUUAGAUUCGUAAACUGUCACUUUAAUUCGAAUACACCAUAUCAAAAUACAAUCGGUGCAGCCUUCUGUGCCAAAAGAAUGCACUCGAAUGGACAAGACUUCAAUGUUGGUAUCUGGGACACUGCUGGCAGUGAAAGAUAUGAAGCAAUGACCAAGACGUACUACCGAGGCGCGCACGCAGCUAUAAUAUGCUAUGAGCCAUCCUCUCUCAAGUCCUGGGCGAGACUGCGGCAUUGGCUACAAGAGUUGCGGGUUGUUGAAGAGGACUGCAAAGUCUACCUCUGCGGUACCAAAAAGGACCUCCUGGACGCUGGCAUGGUGUCCAGGGAGGUGCCGGAGGAGACGGUGGCAACAUACUCCCAGGGUCUGAACGGUCACUUUCUUACUUCCAGUAAGACUGGUGAUAAUGUUGAUGAACUCUUCCAAAAAAUUGUGGAUGACUGCGCGGCCGAUUUAAAAAUGAUGAGAAACGUUGAAGAACACAGAGAGCAAUUACUGAAGUUAGAAAAAGGAAAGGAGAAAUCAUUUUGCUCUUGUUGAUACAUUCGUAACAUUCAACCAUAGAAUUUCGAAUUAUAUUAGACUAUAGAAGCGGCAAAGUACUUGAAAAAUUCAAUGCUAGACUGGUAGCAAAAAGAAAUCAUAGUGUCUGUGUACCACCCGAAUCUCCUCCCGUGUAUAUCGUAAAAGUGCACCAAGGAAAAGGCUAAUAAAUGUGGGAUUCUCCUUUUAGGCGAUGGAUAUAAAAACUUUGUAGUGUCAUAACCGUCAAUCAGAUUCAUCAGUUCUUACAUACAUAUAAUCGCGUCUGUAUCUCUUGCGGAGCAGACAGAACCAACAGUUUCGAAAAUACUGAAAAAGCUAUGUACAAGCUGUUUGACUUAAUGAUAGAAUUGAGAUUCGAUAGUGACAGGUUGCUAGCCCAUCGCCUAAAAGAAUACCAAAUUUAUAAGCCUAUCCCUUAGUCGCCUUUUACGACAUCCAUGGGAACGAGAUGGAGUGGUCCUAUUCUUUCUUUUAUUGGUGCCGGGAACCACACGGCAAAUAAAUAAACCACAUAAUUACAAUAGUUUCAUGUACUGUAAGGCAUUUCUAUUGUCUUAUAUUAUUACGAUUUCUAUGGUAUAAACGAAUAAUUUAUAUAGGUACAUACUAAGUGAAGCCGAGUGAUAGUUAUAGCCAAUAUGUUAUUUAGAUAUAUAAGCUUAUAAUACCGGUAUUUUUUGAUCUCUUCAGUUGAUUAUCUAUACUAAUAUUAUAAAGCUGAAAAGUUUGUUUGAACGCACUCAUCUCAGGAACUACUGGUUCGAAUUGAAAAAUCUUUUUGUGUUGAAUAGACCAUUUAUCGACGAAGGCUUUAGGCUAUAUAACAUCACGCUGCAACUAUUAGGAGCGAAGAAAUAAUGGAAAUGUGAAAAACACGGAGAAAAUUAUUCACCCUUGGGGGCUUCAAUGAUGCCCAAAAUAACUAUAACAAGCGGACGGAGUCGCGGGCACAGCUAGUCUUGGCUAAAUAUAUUGUUCGCAAUGAUUCUGUGGUUAUAUGAUUGUAGCUUCAAAAUGGCGCGUAAUCAGCGCUCGGUAACGCUUAACAAAAGGCGAUGACGUUAAAUAAUUUUAGACUAAAAGAAGGCUGAUUCACACCCAAUCCGGGAUCAUGGUCAAAGGCCUACCCUGGGCUCCUCCGCGUGAUUUUUUAGUCAGUACAAAAACUUUCCGAGGUUAUUCAGACCAUCAAACUGAACAACUUUCACCAUAGGGUCACAUUCAGUGUAUCAAUGCCGAAUCCCGGAAUUUUUGAGGUACAGAAGUACGUUCCAUACUAACCCAACACCCCAACUUUAGGUAAAUAUGCAUCCGAAUAUCAGAUCUCUGGUUAUGACCUUGUAGCGGGAGCGCUAAUUUAGGCUCUUUGGUGGCCAAAGAGACUAAUUAUUCCGCCAGGCUAUGUGUUAUACCGCGACUAUGUUUCAUAUAUAGAAUCGCGGCUCCAAUGAUUUUGAGUCGAAGGUUGUAUUAAGUUCCGAUCCAUGAAAUCUUUGCUUGCGCGUUUUAGACUCUGCUGCUAUUGGCUGAGCGCGUCAUAUUCUUCGCUGUGAUUGGCUGAUGGCGUGAGACGUUAGUGAUGUCGCCACAAGCUUGCAUGUGUAAUGAUAAUGACGGAUAUUUCAGAUUAGAACUUCGUUAACUAAUUAUUUAACUAAGUGCCUAAUUGUUUUUAUUUAGUCACAUUAUCUAAUAUCUAACAAUUAAGUCGAAAUAAAAGGUUAAUUACAUGCUGUUGCUAAUGUAUCUGUGAUGACUAGUAAGUAGUAGUAAUUUUUAUUUUCUAAAUUGUUAAGACGAAAAGUGCUUGGUCUGUGGUCUGGAUUGAGGCAAGGUGCGGAACUUGUAAAACCAACUCAAUUUAUAUAAAUAUCAGAAUGAAAUAUGACCUAGAAUGAGCUCUAAUUUCUUUCCAUUUACAUCAAAAUAGUUCAAUUAUGAAAAAAAACGGAAAUUUCUAAUUAUAAUUGUACCAAUCAGAAAAAGCCUGAGAAGUAUCGAAAAAUAUCAACGAUAUGUUUCCUGUCUGAUGUCCCAAAUGAGAAGUUUUUCUAUUAUAUAUGUAAGUAGUUUUUGAAAUGCCAUAGUCAUCGAAAAAUAAAAAUCCAGUUUUGAUGACAGCUGUCACAUUUACAUACAAGGCACUUUUUUGGCGGGAAACAAAACAUGUUUAUUUAAAUUUUUAAUGCUGUAUUUUUUUUGCAUUAAAAUUAGUUUUAUCCACUAUAUUGAAUUAUAAAUGUUAGAUAGAUAAUUUAUUGAACAUUUAGUAAUAAAUAGGUAGUGUUACAAAGUCGAAGUAUUCGUAAAACAUCUUCCUACUAAUAUGUAUUACGUAUUUGGCUAUUAUUGACUUUGUGAUGAUUUCAGGUCUAAAAUAUUGGCAGGACCUUAAGAUAUCUUCUUGGAUUUCUGAUCCUGGCUGUAAAAAGAUAAUUAUAUUUUUUAAAGUUCGCUUUGUAAUAGGAACGAAAUAAACUAAGACUCAUCGAAUGUUAAAUGCAAACUUCUGUUUUUGAAAUUAAAACUUAGUUCCUUUAUAACCAAAAUUAUUAUUGUUUGUAUCAUAAUAAAAUAUUUUUAUUACUACAUACAUCUCCGUUUGGUCCAAAGAUUCGACUGGCAGAGAAUGCCUUAAUGACUAUGACAUUAAGUCCACUUGUUGAACAUUUAAUGUGCAUUAAUUGUAAAUAAAUAAAUGAAAUAAAGAUGAAUAUCAUUGAUUGAGGCAUUUUGAAAUAGCCUGUUGUACAUUGUCUUCUUUUUUCCGGCGUCACUAGUAUUUUGCAGGAAAAAGGGCCAAUUUAGUAUAUAAAAAUGUAAAGAACAAAACCGAUCAUGCUGUAUAGUUUAAGAUGUAACACCAUGUAUAUUCAUUGUAUAAAGGUCACAAUGUCGUUUUGUAUCAACAUAUAAUAAAUGCUUUAUACUUU